CUGUGGCUGCUGAUCAGCUGACUGCUGAGGCGGAACAGCGCCAACAGACGUUAAACGUUUUUUUCUUUCGUUCAGCUGAAGACAUUUUCUUCUCUGCGGGAAACGACAUGUCGUUCAUCACAGCCAACUGGAACCCGCUGGGAGAAGCUUUUUAUCGUAAAACAGAGCUGUAUGAGAUGUGCUGGAGCUUACGUGAUGGACUCAGAGACAGUUUGGUGGCUGCAGCUCCGUAUGGAGGCCCAAUAGCUCUCCUCAGAGAACCUCACAGACGUUCUCCAAGUUCUCGUCCUCAGUUGGAGAUUUAUUCAGCGUCUGGAGUCGCCAUCGCCAGCUUCCCCUGGAAGAGUGGUCCUGUGGUCCAGUUGGGUUGGACGGUCAGUGAUGAGUUGUUAUGUGUCCAAGAAGAUGGAUCGGUUCUGAUCUACGAUCUGUUUGGAUCUUUUAAGAGACACUUCAGUAUGGGACAGGAAGUGGUCCAGAGUCAGGUGUUGGAGGCUAAAGUUUUCCACUCUCCUUACGGAACGGGUGUUGCCAUAGUAACAGGCUCAUCCCGCUUCACCUUGGCAACCAACAUUGACGACCUGAAGCUCCGCAGGUUACCUGAAGUCCCAGGUCUGCAGGGGAAGCCUUCUUGUUGGGUCGUCCUUACUCAGGACAGACAGACUAAAGUGCUUUUGUCCAAUGGACCUGACCUCUACAUCCUGGACAACACGUCCUGCACUGCUGUGUGUCCUCCAGGUCUCAGUCCUCAGGCCGGCAGUAUCGUCUGCAUGUCUGUGUCUUUCAGCUAUAAAUACCUGGCUCUCUUCACUGACACAGGACACCUGUGGACAGGCUCCUCCCACCUCCAGGACAAACUGAGUGAAGUGGACAUGAAGAAGAGCACGCCACCCAGACAGAUGGUCUGGUGUCGCAGACCGAAGAGUCAGCAGCCGUCUGUGGUGCUGAUGUGGGACAGACUCCUCGUGGUGGCUGGAGUCUGUAGUGACACCGUCCAGUUCCCCAUCGAGGAUCCCUGUGUUUUGGUGGGAGAACUGGACGGAGUCCGGAUCAUCAGCUGUACCAGUCAGGAGCUGCUGCAGGAGGUUCCUGUGGUCUGUCAGGACAUCUUCAAGAUCGCAUCCAUGGCUCCUGGAGCUCUGCUGCUGGAGGCCCACCGGGAGUACGAGAAGUCAAGUCAGAAGGCUGACGAGUAUCUGAGGGAGAUAAAGGAGCAAAGCAUGCUGGGAGAAGCAGUCAGACAGUGUGUGGAGGCAGCUGGUCACGAAUAUGACACCAACACCCAGAAAUCACUGCUGAGGGCGGCGUCCUUUGGGAAGUGUUUCCUGACGGACUUCAGUCCAGACCAGUUUGUGUCGACCUGCAGGGAGCUCCGAGUCCUGAACGCCGUCAGAGAGAGCGGCGUGGGACUGCCCCUGACACACACACAGUUCAAACAGAUGACGCUGCAGGUGCUGAUAGACAGGCUGGUGUAUCGACAGUUUUAUCCGUUAGCGAUAGAAAUCUGUCGCUACCUGAAGAUUCCUGAUUAUCAGGGAGUCAGUCGAGUCCUCAAACACUGGGCUUCAUGCAAGGUGCAGCAGAAGGACCUAUCAGAUGAGGCCAUAGCUCGUGCGGUGUGUGUGAAGGUGGGAGACUCACCUGGUGUGUCUUACUCUCACAUCGCAGCUAAAGCUUAUGAAUGUGGACGCACCGAGCUCGCCAUCAAGUUGUUGGACUUUGAGGCUCGGUCUGGAGAGCAGGUCCCUCUGCUGCUGAAGAUGAAGAGGAGUCAGCUGGCUCUGAGUAAAGCUGUGGAGAGCGGAGACACCGACCUGGUGUACACGGUCGUCAGUUACCUGAAGAACGAGAUGAACAGAGGAGAUUUCUUUAUGACUCUGAGGAACCAACCAGUGGCUCUGAGCCUGUACAGACAGUUCUGUAAGCUGCAGGAACAGGACACUCUGAAGGACCUGUACAACCAGGACGACGAUCACCAGGAGCUCGCCAACUACUACGUCACCGCCAGCUACAGAGAGAAGAGGUUAGAGAGCCGUCUGUCUCUCCUGCAGAGCGCCGUGGACGAAUACAACAAGGCCAAGAACGAGUUUGCUGCCAAGGCCACAGAGGACGAAAUGCGUCUCCUUCGUUUUCAACGGAAACUGGACGAUGAGAAGGGGGCGGGGCUACUAGGCCUGUCUCUACAGGCAACCAUGGAGGCUCUGUUGGUGUUAGGACUCCACAAACAGGCAGAACAACUUUACAGAGACUUCAGAGUACCUGACAAAAGGUACUGGUGGUUGAAGCUGAAGUCUCUGGCGGAGAAGGAGGAGUGGGAGGAGUUAGAGAAGUUCUCAAAGAGUAAGAAGUCUCCUAUUGGCUACCUGGCGUUUGUUGAUGUUUGCAUGAAGUCUAACAAUAAGUACGAAGCCAAGAAGUACGUUUCCAAGGUGACCCCUGAGCAGAAGGUCAAAGCUCACCUGGCCGUCAGCGACCUGGAGGGCGCAGCAGACGCCGCCAUCGAGCGCAGGAACGAAUCGGAGAUGGGGGCGGUCCUCUCCAGAUGCUCCGCCUCCGACCGGCUGUUGAUUGACAAGUUGAACCGAGCCAGAGCCGGCAUUGCCAAGAAGUGAUCCUCUGUUCACUGUAGAUUGGUCCUGUAGGAGUUACCAUGGCAACCUUUCUCUGUUUCUUCCUGUGCACGUGAAAUGAUAAGUGAUGUAUUUAUUGAUUAUUGAUCAGUCAGCUGAUGUGACUUAAAGAUAUUUCUUCUUCUGUGGUUCUUUUGGAACAACAGUCCUUUGGUAAAUGACCCCGUGUUCCUUCAGGUCCACAUCAGAUGGACUCCUCCAGACCCCGUCCUGGUCCUUUUCCACGGUCUCUUCCUGAACUUUCUGCCGUCCCACCUGGGACGCUCAAACCUGGAAGUCCAGGCAGUGAUUGUCCAAUCAGAGCUCAGUAACUGGUCAGAAACGCGGCUCCUGUUCUCCGUGUGUUUCAGUGGUUAAACCUCACUUUAAAGCAGAUGGAGGACAUUUGUCUCGCAUGUCCCUUAUUCCGGACCUUCGCUUGAAGAAAUUUUAUCUCACUGGACCUCUUAAAAUUUUGGUUUAAAAGCUAAAACUUGUGGAUUGAAGCCCUGAUGGAUCUCUGGGGUCCAGCUGUUUACUCACCUGUUCAGGUGUCACACCUGCUGAUGUUAACCAACAGGUCCUGCUGCUGUUUC